UCCAGCUUUACCACAGAUCCAAACCCUACCAGCAGACCAGCCCCUUCUACAGGCACUUGGGCACAGGAACCUGCAUGGCCUGGCCGAGAGGCAGAAACGCGGGACACCCAUGGCAGAACGGGAUAAUAGUCUGCGCAACCACCUCUGCCAGAGACGCUUCACAAUUCAUCAGCACGCUCCUGGCACUUUCCGAUCAAAUGUAUCUGCAGACACACUGUCUAUUACCCAGAACAAAACCCCUUCCUCUGCCGUAUCUGAAUCCCGCAUAACAUGA